CCGCCAGUCAAUCUUGCAUCCUAGUUCCAAUGUGGAUAUUGAUUUGAACUGGUGACGAUUUUAUCAUCAAUUCUUGGCGUCACUAUGGUCUCUUACAGAAUGCUACCUACACAAUUGUGAUCGCAUCAAGUUUAUAACGAUGCCGCGUAGACAAGAAAAUUCGUAUGAAAAUUUCUAUUUCUUUCUCUUCGUUCAAUUAUUGCAAACCACCGGGCUUUCAAAAUGCAGCCAGAUAUUCCUUACCGACAAACUCAUCAACAGGCCCCAGAUGAGUGGAAGCUAGAACAAGGCCUCGAGCCCGCUCGGCUUGGAAUCCGUAACCAGAGCAGCAUCCAGAUCAACACAGAGCCUCAUCGGCUCAACCCAAGUGAUCACGAAGAGCUGAAGGGCCCCGAUAUCCCUGAGGAUCCAGACCUUGACGUCCAAGAUGAAAGACCGGGCUGGAAAGGCUAUGUUGAGUGGGAGGACUACCCAGAGAAAAAGGCCAAAGCCCACCAGCGCUUUUCGCGCUUUACAUUCCCCCCUCCGCCUGAGUUCCAGUUAGAGCCUCUUCCUGCGACGAACCCUGUACUUGAGGGCAAGCGAUGGAAGUUAUGGCAUAAAGCCAUUGGAGGGGUUCUGGAUCAAGUCCCCCAGAUCAGUUGGGAGACUGUUCUCAAGGAAAAACACCCGGAAAUGCUUCAUCUUCUCGAAUUUCCUUACAACGGAGAAGCGCCCAAAAGCCUUCUGACCAAAGACUACAUCAUGCCAAACGAACUUCAUUUCGUCCGGAAUCACGGUGGUAUCCCCGACAUCGAAGCAAGCGCCUACGACAUUCGUCUCGAUGGGCUCGUCAAUAACCCCAAGACGCUCACCCUGGCAGACUUACAAAAUGAAUCACUCUUUCCAAGAGUCAGCAAACUGGUGACCAUUCAGUGCAGCGGUACUCGUCGCUUCGAGCAAAUCGUCGAGUAUCCAGGCGAAGGCGACGAAAUGAUCAACGCCCCCUGGGCUGAAGGUGCUAUUGGUACAGCGAAGUGGACAGGCGUCAGUCUGAAGAAAGUCAUCAAGUACUGCGGCGGUCUGAAAGAUGGUACCAAGCAUCUUGAACUCUACGGUGCGGAUACGUAUUUCAAAGGAGGCCAGUGCAUGAACUAUGUUGUUUCGGUGCCGUGGUCAAAAGUCAAGGCUAAUGAAGUCAUAUUGGCUUGGGAGAUGAAUGACAAGCCGCUGCCGAAGAUUCAUGGUUUCCCAUUGAGGGCGGUUGUCUUUGGGUAUAUUGGGGCCAGGAGCUGCAAGUGGCUGUAUCGGAUCAAGGCGAUUGAGAAACCGAGUCUUGCUCCGGUACAGAGUAGAGAGUAUCUGUACUUUCAGCAGCAGACUGGAAAGCAUAACCAGCUUCCAACCAGUAAGUCUCAUUUUCUUUACUCCUUGAACUAGACGCUGACUGUUUUGCAGUGGGUAUUCAGAUCCAGGAGAUGCCUGUCAGCAGCGCCAUCAUGUCACCUUGGAACAAGGAGGUUGUCGUCCACGACGGUGAGAUCGAAGUCAAAGGCUGGGCAUACUCAGGCGGAGGCCGCUGGCCCGAGCGCGUAGAAAUCUCCUCCGACGGCGGCUACGUAUGGUACGCCGUCCCCAUCAAGAACCUUUCCCCCAAGCACAAAUUCGCCUGGCGAACCUUCACUGGCAAAGUCCCCUGCGACCACGAAGGCUGGACCGAACUUGUCGUUCGAUGCUGGGACAACAGUUUGAACACGCAACCAAUGGAAGUUCGGCAUAGCUGGAAUUGGAGCUUGCAUGUGACGAGUAGUUGUCAUCGUGUCAAGAUUUAUAGUGUGAAUGCAAAGAGGGAGGCUACGAGGAAGAGAUUGAGGGAGUUUGAUGAGCACGGGCAGGGGUUUACGCCUAUUACCAGACCGACGGAGUUUGUGCCCAUGAGUUUGGAGGAGUAUGAGAAGGAGGUUGCGAAUGUUGAGCCGAGAGAUGUUGAUGAUUAGAUUAUGUGAUCGACCUAGAAUUUAAGUCACUCAAAAUCCAAGCUUGGCUACGAUAUGCUAGUCGAGGAGCAGAUAGUGCUUUCCACUUCCGUUUACAACAAUCAAUCUUCGUCAACUGAGCAAUUUAAACCAUAGCGAUUUCAAUACCGGUCGCAGC